AUGCAAAGCGCUCCCCAGGUAACUGCUACCGGUGGCCCUACGGCACCUCAAGAUGCGGCUGCAAUGAACGCUAUGGCGAACUAUAACUAUGAGGCGUGUAUGCAGCAAUAUCAACAAUACAUGCAGUACUACCACCAGCAGCAAUUGCAGGCCAGUUAUUACGGGCACGUCCCACCGGCUUCCGCGCAAGCGGUCCCAACACCGCAACAAAUGCAGCCGCCCUCUACGACUGAUAAGGCGCAGCCUCCUCCGACAUCGUCUUACCCUUCCUCUUAUCCCGCUCCACCGGUUCCAGCUACUCUCGCCGUAUCGCAGGCCACUCUUACACCGGGCGAUCAUUAUGGCCAAUUCUACGGGCAGUACAGUUCGGCACAGCCGCCGCCCCCACAGUCCCAGCCAUCACCGUUGCCGCAGCAGAGUCAAGCGCCACCUCCUCAGUCUCAGCCGCUUUCGCAGCAGGCACCACCCCUGGCGAAGGCACCUCCUGCUGGAGCAACGUCACGCCCAAAACCACAGCCACUCUUCGGUCAAGCUGAUUUGAUUCUUCCACCUCGUCAGAGUCGUUGGGAUGACGGAGGAAGAUUGCCUCCACCUCGAGGCGACAUUCUUGAACCCAGAGGUCUGCCGUAUGGAGGUCGCAUGGGAGGAAUGCCUCCAAUGGGAGGCGGAAUGCCGCCCAUGGGAAGAGGUGGAAUGCAGGGUUCGAUUGGCCCCCCUGGCGCAGGCGGCCGAAGCGAUGGUUUUCAAGAUCAAGACAACCCUCAGAUGCGUGGAAGUAGACCGGAUACCGCAGGAGAGAUAAUGGAACAAAAGGAUACCAUAUUUAUUGAAGGGAUUCCGGAUAUGGGUACUCCGGACAUGGUAGCCGAGUUCUUCAGUCAAGCUGGAGACAUUCAACUGGACCACCGCGGGGAGCCGAAGGUACAUAUGUACAAGGACAAAAUGACUGGCAGAUCGAAAGGUGAAGCAACGGUUUCAUUUCAAAGCUUGGCGGUUGCGCAGGAAGCCAUUGAAAAGUUUCAUGGUACUUAUUUUCCUGGAGGUAAUACACCAAUGAAGAUUACUAUCGCAACGUCUCGUCCCUCUCAAAGAGGUCGUGGCGGAAUGAUGAACUCUCGUUCGGGAGGUUACAUGGAUAACCGAGGAGGUGGCGGACGCAAUAGUUAUGGCGGUAGGGGAAAUAGCGGCGGCUAUAUGAAUAUGCCUCCGCGGCAAGGAGGCCCCGGUCCUGGCUAUCAGCGCGGUCCUCCGAGGUCUGGUAGUUUUCCCCGGGCUACCGGAGCAAACAUGGAAGCACGUGUCGGGGAUUGGAUCUGCUUGGAGUGAAACAUGAGGAAUGGCGGUGGAAUCCGCGGGGGUGGAGGUGGACUUGGCGGUUUGAUGCCCAGAGGUGGUGGCGGCCGUGGUGGCGGACCACUGCAUGGCAGAUCUGGUUCAGUAUGGACCGAAGAGUUCCGUCUGAGAGGAACCGACGACGCCAUCGCCUCUCGUACUUUUAAAAUGGUGUCAUCCCAUAGUGGUGGCAUCUUUACGUAG